CGGCUCGGCGGCGGCGGCGGCGGCGGCGGCGGCGACAUGGAGAGCGGGGCCUACGGCGCGGCCAAGGCCGGCGGCUCCUUCGACCUGCGGAGCUUCCUGACCAAGCCGCAGGUGGUGGCGCGCGCGCUGUGCAUGAUAUUCGCCCUGAUUGUGUUCUCCUGCAUCUUCGGUGAAGGAUACAGCAACACCUCUGAGUCUUCCCAGUUGUACUGCGUGUUCAAUCAAAACGAGGAUGCCUGCCGCUACGGCUGUGCCAUCGGGGUGCUGGCCUUCCUGGCGUCAGCCUUCUUUUUUGUGGUCGAUAUCUACUUCCCCCAGAUCAGCAAUGCCACCGACCGCAAGUACCUGGUCAUUGGUGACCUCCUCUUCUCAGGGUGUGCUGGCCUCCCUGGCCUACCAGCGCUACAAGGCCGGAGUGGAGGACUUCAUCCAGAACUACGUGGACCCCACUCCAGACCCCAACACGGCCUACACCUCCUACCCUGGCGCGUCUGUGGACAACUACCAGCAGCCGCCCUUCACCCAGAAUGCGGAGACCACCGAGGGCUACCAGCCGCCCCCUGUGUACUGAGUGGCCUGGGGGAGGGGGCGGCUGGGGCCAGGCUCCCCUCUGCCCCCCACCUGUCAAGGCCGACUGGCUGGACAGCACAUCUCCCCGCAGCCCACCCCAAGUGCCUGUGCCCCAGCGCCAUCUGCGCAAAGCGCUGGUUAGGAAAGAAAGGGUUUUUUAGCUAGACAUUUCCUCACUGCUUUUUAUUUUAUUUGUGGUGCUGGGGUUGGGCCCAGAGCCUUGCGUCCGCUAUGUAAGUACUGUUACUGAGCUAUGUCCCAGCCCCCUUACUGUCAGUGCCCCCCCUCCCCCAGCAGCCUGAGGCCGACAGCGCCUAGCGCAGCUCACAGCCACUGCAGCCUCCAGCCCCGGGGCUGGGGAAUCUCCUUUUGGAUUUUCUACCAAAGAAGGGGGCGGGGUCCUCACACCUGCCUCUCUGGGGUGCUGGGCUCAGGAACCCCCUCCUUACUCAGGUUUGCCACCCCAGGCCCCCGUGGCCGUCUCCACCCUGUGGCUGGGCCUUGUGCCCACUCAUUUAUCCUCUGGCGUCACCACUGUGCCAAUUGUCCCCAGGCCACCUUGACAGGCGCGGUGGCACUGGUGCCCACCCCAGGGGCCACCAGACGCGCUUCCUUCCUGCUCCACGCCUGGUGGCAGGCAGGGGCUUUGCCUGAUAACACCCAGCUUUAUGUAAAUAUUCCGCAAGUGUGGGAAGGGCAGGAGUCCCGCACUGCUCGAAUGUACGAAGCUUUGGGGGAGACAGCCCUCCAUUGUUAUACUGGUUCAGAGGUGAAUAAAUGUUCUCAUUCAGCUGCCAA